GCGGUUUGCGUAAAACUCUCCCCGUGUCCUUCGUUCCCAAUUCCUUCCUUCGCCGCGACUCCUCCAGACUCGGGCCAGAAGACAAGCCUGAUCGUCCCGCACAAGAGAAGAUUUCGAGGGGUUUAGUCCGGUCGGCGACCCGGAUCGAGAUCGGGACGCCAUGAGCGAGGUCUUCGAGGGCUACGAGCGCCAGUACUGCGAGGCCUCCGCCUCCCUCACCCGCAAAUGCACCGCCGCCGCAGCUUCCCAAGGAGAGAAGCUGAAGCAGAAGGCGGCGGAGAUCAAAUCCGGCAUCGAUGGAGCCGAGGCACUGAUAAGAAAGAUGGAUCUUGAAGCAAGGAACCUCCAACCAAGCGUCAGAGCUGGGCUCCUAGCAAAGAUCAGGGAGUACAAGUCAGAUCUUAAUAACCUCAAGGGAGCUUUGAAGAGGAUUACCAGUGGCAAUGCACAGCAAGGGGCGAGGGAGGAGUUGCUGGAGUCAGGAAUGGCAGAUGCAUUGGGGGUUUCUGCUGAUCAAAGAUCAAGACUGCUCAGGGCAACUGAAAGACAGAACCAAACAACCGAUAGGCUCAGAGAUAGCCAUAGAACUAUGCUGGAGACUGAAGAUCUCGGAGUCUCCAUCUUACAUGACCUGAGUCAACAGCGUCAAUCUCUCUUGCGUGCUCAUGAUGUAUUGGACCAAGUGGAUGACAACAUUACCAAGGGUAGGAGGAUCAUUGGAGGCAUGGUGAGGAGAAUGGAUAGAAACAAGUGGAUCAUUGGUCUUAUCAUAGCUCUCCUUGUCUUGACAAUUCUAGUUAUCCUGUAUUUCAAGUUUGUGCAUUAGGGCAUUGCUCUGCAUUGAACAACGGUUGGAGGAGGAAUGCAGCUACGAAGUUUAGCUUCUCUGUGCAUCUUGCAACCUGUGCGUAUUUUUUUUAAUUCAAUUUUCCUUUUGUUUUGUUCAGGGCAUCUUUCCAUUGCCUAUGCUUGUAUGGUGAGGGUGUUGUGAGAGUUUCGGGUGAUAAUGCAGAACUUUGUAUAUUUUAUUGUUUUUUAUUUUCUUAAAAAACUUGAUGGAUAAGCUAUUUGCAAGCAGAUUUGGGCAA